AUGGCCCAAGACGCGGCGUGGAGGGGCGGCGACGUCGCCGAGGACGUCGCGGAGGCCCUCGCCUUGGGGGUCGCCCCUGUCCGCUGUGCGUGGCUGGCCCUGACGGCGCGCGACGGAUCGCUCGUCUGGCCGGGCCAAGCGCCGCUUUGGAUGGCGAAUGCGCCCCCGCCCCUUUCACCCCACGCGUCAGCCCUGACGGUGUUCCCGCCUUCGGGGCGAUUUUUGGCGGGUCAGCGCGUUCUGUUUACUUCGCCGGAUGCGAAAAUGGCGCGUUUGGUGCGCGCGGCGGGGGGCGUCGUCCUGCCUUUGGGUUCAUAUGGCCCGCCGGCGGAAAAUUCGUUGCCGGAUUUCGUCUUCAUCCCCUGCGGCUGUCGGGCAAAGCUCGACCUCCACCUCGCCGCCGUCCCGCUGCUCGAGGACUCUUGGCUUCGGGAGGCCUUGGCGAGGAACUUUCACGCCGCUCGGCCACUGCCGUGUUCUUUCGCCCCACUUCCCGAAAACGAAAAGGAGAGUCCCAAGCUACGCUCGGAGUUAUUUUUAUCCCCUUCGUGCGCGCCCGUUUUGCCGCGCAUGCCGUCGUUAGUGGAUACUAAAAAUUAUCCCCCUUUCAAUUCCACCAACGCCGCCGAUGAAAGCCCUCGUUCGGAGUCUUUACUGCUCUGUGGGAUGGUUGAUAAGGUCGGCGCGAUCUCCCCGCUCCGGGGGCGGUCCUCACGCUGCUACGACCACGAUCGCGAGGACGACGAGGAAAGUGAGGGAAAACCGGCGGAAGGGCAGGGAAACCCGGGCGAGAUGGAAGACAUCGAAGACGACAUCGACGCGGAGGCGGAAAGGCCGCCGAUCCCGCGCGAGUUUCCCGUUCCUCGCCGCCCAUCGCUCCAACCGCGCGGGGCUGCCCGGCGGAUUGACUGGGGCCCCCCCACCGCCCCUCCCCCACCCGAGGAACACGAACGAGCCGGGAAGGACGGCGGAAAGGGGGGGAUUUUGCAGGAAAUCGAGGACGGGAUCCUAAAAGAGGGCUGGAAACGAAGCGGAUGGGGUCCGUCGUUGCCCGGCCGCACCACCUCCUCCCCGGCGGCCCACCCGCCUUUCCCGCCCGUCGUCCUCGGGGAGGAUUAUUAUUUUUAUCUCCCAUCGAGUGGUCAUGGGCGGGGCGUGUUUGGCGAGAUCUUGGGAAGUGAUCGGGUCGAAUCGUGCGGGAGCGUGGGAUGGGAGGGUGAGCAGGUGGCGCCUCGGGUCGCAUUAGGCCGCGUGGUGGAGUUUUACGAGACGCCGCAUUCCUCCUCUCUGACGAUGAUUAGCCUCCAGCAUUAUGAGGUGAAGCACUCUUUUUUACAGCAAAACCCCUGCACAAACGCGCUGGUGCGGCAAACCACGAUUUUUCUCAGUUCUCAGCGCAGUAUUGUCCCGAUUGAAGCCCUGCUUUUCGAUACCCCCGUUUACGUUGUGCACGCUUCUGCGAUGCCGCAUAUUUAUAUCCUAGAUCCUUCCUCGGAUAGCGAGCAGAGGGUAUUUUCCGUUGUGGUGUGA